UUUUCAUCUAAUAAAAGAUUGUUAUAUGCUUAAUGAUACCCCAUAUUUCAUAUAAUGAGGAAUAAAAUAUAAACUUUAACAAUCUACCAAUUUUAUCUUAUCUCAAAAAUUAAAGGAAGAAAUAAGUUCAAUAUGUAAAAUUUAGAAUGCAGACAGUAAAAAUCCAUAAAAACUUUGCUGAAUAUCAAGUAUUUUUAAUUUUUAACCAUUUUUUAGGUGGAAGUAAAUGAAUAUGGAAAAAUAUGGAUUAUGGAAAUACGCUAUAGUACACUCUUGCAAUUCUAUUAAAAACUCAAGAAACUUUUUGGCAUCAAAAUAGCAUUUCCAUCUAAAGUUUUAUUUGGAAAUCUCUGUCCAGAUACUUUAAAAAAAAGAGCAAUCAGAAUUCAGAAGUUUCUACAAGAAUUAGGCAGGUAAAUAUAUGGUUCAUUUUUUUAGUAAUUAUUAACUUAUUAAUUCUGAUGAAUGUACUUAAUUUCUGACGAAGCAACAAUAUUAUGGAACUUAAAUUAUUGAUCUUACUGAAAUAGAAGAAUUCGAAUUAGAUGCCUGACUAAUUUUAAUUUGUAAUUAAUUCUCAC